GAGACAAAAGAUUCAUCUUCCUUUCGCCGUUGACAUUUGUCACGUUAAAGUUUACCAGGAAAAUUUUAACGCGAUUUCCGAGGAAAUACCUAAACCAACCAGACGCUUCUCUUCAGCAAGGCAUCUCUAUGGAGUUCAGAGACUGAGACUAAAGCGAGAAUCUCUAUGAUAUCAGAGAAAAUCUGGAUUGCUUACAAGUUCCCAUGGUCGCUUUGGUUGGUGAUUAUGUUAUCAAAUUGUUUUUAUGCAAAGAUAAAGAUGAUGUUGCGCAAAACUGAGUCUGUGAGCAACAGCAGUGCUGGGAAUUCCAACCAUGGUCAAUUGCUGCGUGACAUUGAGGAAAUGAGCAAAAGCCCUUUACUUGCAUAAACCCCAUCCAAAGGUUUUGCUUUCCCCUUCUAAUGCACGAUCCAAAUCUGCUGGAGAAACCCGUUUUCCAGAAUCGAAAUCAAAUUUGAAUUCAAACCCAAGAUUACUUAGGGAGGAUUUGUUGCAUAAGGACAAGAAAUCAUCUUCAGUAUGGAACUGGAAGAAGCCCUAAAGGCUCUCACUAAUAUUGGGAAUCGGAAAUUCAGUUGUUUUUACCUUCAUGUCCAUUCAAUUGAAGGGUUGCCAGAAAAUUUCAACAAUCUUAGUGUAUGCGUGCAUUGGAAGGGAAAGGAUGAGGUGGUAGAGACUUGAUCUUCGAGGGUAGUAGAGGGCAUAGCUGAAUUUGAUGAAACUUUGAUGCGUAAGUGUUCGGUGUAUGGAAGUAGAAAUGGCCCUAACCAUUUGGUUGAGUGUGAGGAGAAGCUUUUCUUGAUCUACGUUUCUGUGAGUGGGGCACCAGGGCUUGAUAUUGGGAAGCAUUGGGUGGAUCUUACCAGACUGUUACCACUUACUUUUGAGGAGUUAGAAGGGGAAAAGAGUUAUGGUAAAUGGACAACAAGCUUUAACCUUUCAGGCAAAGCUAAAGGUGCUAGUUUAAACGUUAGUUUGGGGUUUUUGGUGACGCGGGAAAAGUCAGUUUAUGUGAGCGUUAAUCCUAAUGUUCCUGAGCUUAUAAACACGGAGCAGAGAAGGUCAAGUUCUUUGGAUAGUGGGGCUACGAUGCUUCGGCGAGUUGGGAGUGUGCCAAGUAGUGUAAACCCCAGGCCUGCCUUCUCAUCUGAGUCUCUUGAUUUGAAGGUCUGUCGAGAAGUAUUACUGACGGGAGGGUUGGAGCUCUCGAAGUCAAUUAAUUUUUUAUGUCAGGCACUUGAUGAGGCGAACUUGAGUAGUGCGACGGAGUCAGAUGCUGAACAUGUGUCGCCACUCAAACCUAAGCCUGAUCUGGACCUUUUGGCUGCUGAAAAAAAUGAAGAAUAUGAGGAUGAUGACACUAAAUUUAACAUUGUGGAAGUGGGGACAGAAAUGUCUGAACAGUUGAAAUCUGAUCAAGUUCCUGGUCAUGCUAAUGAUGAGUGUGCUGUUGAAAUGAUCUAUGUGGAUGAGAUCAUUAAGGAUUAUAACGUAGACCUCGAUGAGAAGACUAUGGUUAUUGCAAAGGAUGCCUGUGAUAGUUAUGUGGACUAGGUUGCGAUGGAUGACAGCAAACAUGAAAAGGAUAGCAUAUGCACCGAAGGAUCAUCCA